CUGUGCACAACUGGAGGCAGCAGUGGGAGAGUGAAGCAGCAGCUGUAUGAGGCAAGAGACUGAAACUGCAUGGAAUGGAGGCGAGACAAAGCUGCACUAUCGCUGUCACCAGGAUUACCCAGUGCCUCACCAUCACUGCUGCUCUAGUCUGGACUGUGUGUUGAUGGGAGAGACCUAGAACAGUGCUGUGAUGCCUGAGGGACCAGCUGUGUGGAUCCGGUGCCACCUCUGAUAUGAUGCUGGGAGCAGGAGGGGCAGCCACCUUCCUCGCACUGCUGCUGCUGCUGCCGUUGCUGUGCUGCUGCCACCUGUGCCACUCACUGCGUGUUCCAAAGCUCUCAUCUUAUGCAAAAGCAGAGGACAAGCUGUUCAAAUAUCUCUUUGGAAGCUACCAGAAAUGGGUUCGUCCAGUGGAAUACCUAAACCAGACCAUCUGUGUGAAGUUUGGACUGGCCAUCUCCCAGCUAGUUGAUGUGGAUGAGAAAAAACAGCUGAUGACAACCAAUGUGUGGAUGAAACAGGAGUGGACUGACAUGAAACUCAGAUGGAACCCUGACGAUUAUCUGGGCAUCACUACUAUCAGAGUCCCCUCUGACAGGCUCUGGCUUCCUGACAUUGUUCUCUAUGAUAACUCAGAUGGACGUUUUGAAGGAACUGUCACCAAAGCUGUCGUGAAGUUUGAUGGAACUGUAACAUGGACACCACCAGCCAAUUACAAGUCUGCCUGCACCAUCGACGUCACCUUCUUCCCAUUUGACCUCCAGAACUGUUCCAUGAAGUUUGGCUCCUGGACGUAUGAUGGCUCCCAGGUUGACGUCAUUCUGGAGGACUUCCAUGUAGACAAACAGGACUACUUUGACAACGGUGAAUGGGAGAUAGUAAAGGCCACUGGCAGCCGUGGUGUGAGGACAGAUGGAAGCUCCUCCUACCCCACCAUCACCUACUUCUUCAUCAUCCGCAGGCUGCCUCUUUUCUACACCCUCUUCCUUAUCAUCCCAUGUAUUGGCCUUUCCUUCCUCACCAUCCUUGUCUUCUACCUGCCGUCUAACGGCGGCGAGAAGAUCUCUCUCUGCACAUCAGUGCUGGUGUCGCUCACUGUCUUCCUCCUGGUCAUUGAGGAGAUUAUCCCUUCCUCCUCCAAGGCAAUCCCUCUCAUCGGCGAGUACCUGGUGUUCACCAUGAUCUUUGUCACGCUCUCCAUUGUGAUCACCGUUUUUGCCAUCAACAUCCAUCAUCGCUCCUCCUCCACACAUCACGGCAUGGCACCCUGGGUGAGGAAGAUUUUCCUGCAUCGGCUGCCAAAGCUGCUGUGCAUGCGCAGCCACGCUGACCGCUACGCCGCAACAGGAGUGGCUGGGACAGGAGGAGCAUUAGGACUGGGUAUGAGGAAGGAUUCAGUACCUGAACUCACCCCCCCACUCUACACAAAACAUCACCUACAAGCAGCUUUGGAUUCUAUUCGAUACAUAACCAUGCAUGUGGUUAAAGAAAAUGAAGUGAGAGAGGUGGUACAAGACUGGAAGUUUGUAGCCCAGGUUCUUGAUCGAAUGUUUCUUUGGGCCUUCCUCCUGGUUUCAAUCCUGGGAUCUGCUCUUCUCUUUAUCCCAGUUAUUUACAAGUGGGCCAACAUCAUUGUCCCUAACCAUUUUGGAAGUGUCAUCUAAGAGCCACACAUGAAAGCAACCUAACCCCAAAUGGAUUCAAAGCACAUUAACAGCCCACAGUGAGUCUCCUUUGAGAGGCUGAGAUUACUGGUGAGAUACGAGCCGGCUCUCUUUUUAUUGUGCCAGAGGUCACGUGUGUGUGUGUAUGUGUGUGUGUGUGUGUGUCCUCACACAUGGAGAGACUUUUUCCCUUUUAGAGAGAUUCUAAAUCUUGUUUUAAUUUUAAGAGUAAUUUAUUUUUAAAUCUAAUUUGAUGGUAUAUAUUAAAUACUGAUAUGAUAAUACAUAUGAUAAAAAAUGUCAACUGUUUUUUCAGCAUGUCCUAAACAUCUGUUCACAUCAAUCAAUCAAUCAAUCAAUCAAUCAAUCAAUCCAUCAGUAACAUCAAUAGACUUUGGUAAACUAAUUUUCUCUGGUAUCACAGAGUGGCGAUUACUUCCUGGAUCUGGUAGAGGUCUGUAGAUGCAGAAUGACAUGAAUAUAGUUUGUCCUUAUGAUCAACAUGUCACCUGAUGUUUCAGGACUGUGUGGUGAAUGAAUUGAAGAAUUUAAGAUAGCCUUGAAAGCUAAUUAAAAGGCUCAGAUCAAAAGACACAAACACACAAUAGAGAGGCGACAAGGUUAAUUCUUCUUUUACAUUCCUCUCUUUCUGCUUAUCCACUAGGUUUUAGGGUUUGAUGAGACCACUUCAUCAUGGGGAGGGUACUCUUUUUCCUUUCCGUAGAUUAAUUCUAGCUUUUCAACUCACCGUGACACACAUUCUCCUCAGGGUGGAGGUGGGGCUUCUCUUGCAGGAAUAAAAAAUGUCCAUGGCAGCUCGCCCUUUCCGUCUGAAAACAAAGGCAAAGGCAUGUAAAAAAGUGUCCUUGGUUAGUAGUCAGGAAAGAGGUAAUAUGCAUUCAAGAUGUUAUUAGUCAACUGAAAGCUAUGACAAAGAAAAACAUGCUCACCAGCCACUUUAAUAGGUACACAGGACAUCUAAUGAAGUGGCAGUAGUGGCCCCGGUGAGGCCUUCAGCAUGUAUCUUCAUGUAUCUCCUUCAAGCUUGUUCAGCAAUGUGUCAGCAGUUGCUUGUUUGUCACAAGUUAUUAUUUGAGUUAUGUUAUUUCAAAACUGUCCAUUCCCCCCUGACAUCACCAUGCAUUAACAAGGUAUUUUUACUAACUUUUUUUUGCACACUAGAGACAGUACCCAGUAGAUCAGCAAAUUCUGAAAUACUCUCAACAGCCCGUGUGGCACCAACAACUAUGUCACAUUCAAAGACACUCAACUGAUUAGUUUUGUUCACAAGUUGCACAGCUGUACCUAAUAAAGUGGCUUGUGAGUGUAGGCUGUACCACAAUUUCACACUUGUAAUGUUAUUUUUAUUGGUGUUGCAUGCAGAUGAUUUAGAGAAUGGCAAGAAAGCGCUUUAGAGCCUCAUCACUGCUCUCCAUGAACCAAGAAAACACACGUGUUGCUCAGCCUUUGGUUGACUGGCACUUCCUCUUAAAGAAAAGGGGGAAAAUGCACCACCUUGUGGUGAUUAAACGGACGAAACCUGUGAAAAGAAGGGGCCGCCUCGGACACGUCUUCUCUUGCAUAUAAAAAGACUGUUACAAAAAAGAACAGUGUCAGAAACCUGCCCAAUCUGAGGGAUUCUUCUCAACAUGCUCUCCUUAUAAAACACAGGUCCACACCCUCACCACAAACAACAUCCCCCAAGGUAGAUCAACAACAAUAAACACAAAUAAAUUGUAAAUGAAAAAUCAAGCACAUGCAAAGACUGAAAGGGCAUUGGCAUAAUACAGAUGAGAGAGCCAUAUAAAGGAAGAAGGAACUUCAAGGAGGCGCUGGAAGGAAUUGGUUUGUCUUUGUUGUCCCUCUUUUAUGUGUUUUUUAUUCUAUAAAUUUGUUUUCCCUUGCCUCUGCUUGUUUCCUGUGUGUUAUUGUUUGUCCCUAUUACAAAUUGUAUUUUGGCAUGGAACUCAAAAUUGUGGAAAGCCCCCAUUGGGAAUAACAUGAAAACCAAAACCUGCAAUGCACAUCAAAAUAAAUGCAUCUUUGAAACAA